AGCAUUUUUUUUAAACCAAUUUUUAUUUCAAUAUGACAGGGGAUGCACCAACUGGGUGUGCUAGCAAACCCUUAGAAUUAGACAAUCUUCUAAUAAAAAAUGUCAACACGUGGGGUAACGUUCAGUAUAACAUACCACUUAGGUUAUCCCAGACUGAGACCAGAAGUUCCACUAGCAUCGGACAUCGCCAUAUACCUGAUGUACCUUAUGCCUUCGACUGCAAAAUCAAUGAACCGCUACCAGAAAGGCUAUGCGGGCGCGACAUGGUGGUGGAAAAAGAGAUCUACAGAACAACGACGGGCGAGUAUUGCGUGAAGCCCAACCCCAACAAGGCCAUGGAGCGUUCUGACUGCUCCAUCAACUGCCGCAGGGUCAUAUUCAUGACUGGAGUCGAGAAAAAGUUACAAGGUCAAACCAUACGACAGCCAACAGUGAUCUCGGAAAUGAAAGACACCUUCCGCGGGAUCCCCAGGUCGCCGUUAGCGCCUCCAGACAUCAUAGUCAGGCCACCUGACCCGGAGUAUAUAUUUGAUGUUGUAGCAUGCGGCAGGAACGAGGAAACACCUAUAUUCGACACAGCCAAAGGGUUCCGCAGGUUGACGGAUCCCUACGUGUCCACGUAUCGGCAUUACCACAAGCCUUUCACCGCCGAAGACCAGUACGGCAUCGGCGCAAAGGAUCAUAUCACCUUUUAUACUGAAUUUAAUACUCCUAAGACCCGAGGCUUUGGUCCAAAGCACAAGGAGAUCUGGAUGCCCCUAACAGCCAAAGUCCACAGAGGCGUAUACGACAGAAUCCACGUGAAGAAAGAAUAUCAUGAAGUGGCUGCGUGCCACAACCCCGUCAACAAUAUAAAGGGGAUCUUCGAAAGCGAAACAAAGAGAAAAUACAGGACACCCUUCGCCAUCUCCACCCUCGCUUCCUGGAGCCACGGGGAGUCAUUCGACCUGCCUCCAUUCCCCCCCAACCCCUACCAGACCAACAUCGCCCCCUUCAUGUACUGCAGUGACUAUUGCCACAUAGCCCAGGGAACACCCCCAUAUUCAGUCAUCGACCAGAUAAAACAUGUGAAGCCGCACAAACCGUGCAAGGAAAGAUAUAUCGUAUCUAGAGAUUUUGAAUUGUAGUUUAUUUGGAAAUUUAUGUUUAUAAAAGUAUAUUGAGUAA